CGCCCCGUGCGGCAGCUGGACCUUCCGUCCUCACAGGCAGCAGACAUGCGGCUGGCGCUGGUGGUUCUGCUGGGCUUCUGCGGCUUCGCUCUGCGCUCGGAGUGCGCGCCACCGACCUGCUACUCCCGCGCGCUGGAGCUGAGCAAGGAGAUCAUGACCCUUCUGGACAGGGUGCACACGUCCCCGCGCACGAAAACGUGCGCGGAGGUCCUGCCGACGAUCUUCAUCGAUGUGCAUAACUCCUGCAUCACCAACAAGCUCCGGGACUUCCUGUACGUGGUGCUGAACCACCCCAGCCAGGCCUGCAGAGAGAAACCCAGGAUGAAGGUGCUGAAAGGAAAGAUCCAGAACCUGUACACCAUCAUCACCAGGAUCUGCUACCGGGAUUUGGUGUUUUUCAGUGACGACUGCGAGGCCAUCGAUACCGGGCACAGCCGGCCUUACCACGCUGAGGACAGGCUGCAGAUCCUGCAGGAGGAGAGAUGAACCUGCACCCUCAGCACCGCUUCUGCACAGUUUUAUUUACUCCCAGAGUUUAUCAGAUCUGCUGCUCACCCACGGGGGAGCCUCACUCCUGCAGAGGCUCUGGAACUUUCCACAGGAAAUUUGCUGAAUGCCAGCCAUGCCAAUGGAAACCCUGAAAUGAUAAACCAAUCCUUGAUGCUUGGGAGCGGCCCUCGCCGCUGCUUCCUCACAGAGUCUGAUCAAAGCGCCGCGCCUCAUUAGGAGAAGUAUGCGGUGUUACCAUAACCUUUAUCCAGACUAAAGCCACUCACAGCAGCUCUGCAUGUCGCCCUGAAAACACCACAGGAGGGGGUGGAGCAUGUCCUGAAAAAAAUGCAUUUCUAUCCCACGCUCAGCUCUGCAGCUUCGUCACCAUAAAGCAGGAGUGUCAAACUCAAUCGCACACGGGGCCAAAAUCCAGAAUAUACCUUAGCUUGCAGGCGAAACAGGAUAAACAUUUAUGGAACACUUUAAAACUACAUUUUUAAAACUUUAAAAAUGUAACUUUUUAACAUAAUUGUGAACUAGAUAAAUAGCAUUACCUGU